UCAUCACCGCCGUAGAGGCAGGAGACGAGGUCAGGGUCAGGGACGUCCUCGCCAGGGGAGAAGACCCCAAGGUGACCACCCUAACUAACAGUGGUGGGUCGGCGUGCCUGGUACAGAUUGCUGCCGCCCGUGGCCACGCCCACCUCCUGCCCUGCCUGCUGGGGGCGGGGCUCAGCGUGGAGGGCAGCGGCACCCACGUCCAAAGACCACUGAUGGCGGGUGCCACAAUGGGCCACAAGACGACGUUAGAGAAGCUGCUCAGCCUUGGUGCCGACCCGCUGGCUGUUGACAAUGGAGGAUGGACGGCCCUCCACUGGGCUGCAGUAAAUGAUGAAGCUGAGUGUGUGUCUACCCUCAUCCCGGUCACGCCGCCCACCCCCGAGCUGCUGCAGGCCGCCGACGGACACACCCCGGUGCACCUCGCCAGCUUUGGUGGCCACGAGGCUGUGCUGAAGGCCCUGGAGGGGGCUGGCUGGCCUCUUAACGCAAUGGACGGCGAUGGCCUGACACCCCUGCACUGGGCUGUUAAGGCAGGGCGUCUGGACGUGGUCAGGUACCUGCUGGAUAAGGAUGCGGCGCCCAGUACGGGGGCCGGUGAUGACCUCACGCCGCUGGACUUGGCUAAGAGGCAGGGUAAAGACUUAGCAGCGAGGUGGCUGGCGAGGAGGAGCGGCGCGGUGCACGGGGACGCCGCCCAAAGCCCGAAUCCUGAGGUGAGUUUUGGCAUUCUGGCCUAA